AAUGGCCUGGAUGCUCGGAUACCAUGUGAGCACGGCCACGUAGUACCCACCCGGCACUCAAAAAUUUCUCCUAUAAAUACAGUACAUGCAGCACAAGACUGCAACUCUAUAUAGUUUUAUUCAUCGUGUCCUGCUGCAUUGCACAAGCGAUUCCUUGCAGAUCAGUCACCCGAUCAUAAUGUCUAAGCCAAGUAGAUUAGAAGGGAAGGUUGCAAUAAUAACAGGAGCAGCCAGUGGGAUUGGGGAGGCAGCUGCAAAACUAUUCGUGGAGAAUGGAGCUUUUGUGGUAGUGGCUGACAUUCAAGAGGAAUUGGGUCUCAAAGUGGUGGCUUCCAUAGCAGGCCCUGAUGUCGACAGAGCUAUUUACAAGAACUGCGAUGUUACGGUGGAGAAGCAGGUGGAAGAAACUGUGGCUUUCGCUAUCGAAAAAUACGGCACCCUCGAUAUCAUGUACAGCAAUGCCGGGAUCAUGAGUUCAUGGGAGAGCAUCCUAGACAUGGACAUGGAGGAGGGCUUCGACCAAAACGUGGCCGUAAAUCUAAGAGGACCGGCAUUGUGCAUAAAGCAUGCUGCUCGAGCCAUGGUUAAUAGACAAGUAAGGGGAUCCAUCAUUUGCACGGCCAGCUCGGCGUCCAUUCUAGGAGGGUUUUGUAACGCCGGUUACACUGCUGCGAAGCAUGGUUUGGUGGGUCUGGUUAGAGCCGCUGCAAGUGAGCUUGGGAAGCAUGGGAUAAGGGUCAAUUGUGUUUCUCCUUACUUUGUUCCCUCUCCCCUGGGGAUAUCGUGGUUGUUAGAGCUGGGCAUUGACACCGCGAGCGGAAUUGAAGCAGUAGCAAGUGUUGCGGCCAACUUGAAAGGAGUUGAAUUGAAAGCAAAGGAUAUUGCAGAGGCUGCACUCUUCCUCGCUUCUGAUGAAUCAUCCGUUUAUGUCAGUGGUCAUAAUUUAGCUGUUGAUGGGGGUCUCACUGUUGUUGAUAAUUCCAGCACUAUGAUCGUAUCGCAGAUGCUAAUGAAGGAGAAUUAAGCAGCACUGAUCGAUACAUCCUCACUUGCUUGAUUUACCUUUUUACCAAGAGAAAAUAAUACUGGGUUGUACGUUCCCAGUUGCUUGGUUUACAUUUUUACCAAGUUUAAGCUAGCUCUUGAUCUAUUAUAAGAUCAUGCACUUUUAUUAUUACUAGAAAAUAAUAUUUAUCGAUAUAACAGUGAUGUGAUUAUUGAUUGUGAAAUUAUG